GUCCUUAAUUGACCGCCAGCCGUCAGUUUUGUGUUUGUAUUCUUAAGGGUUGUAAUCUGCUGGUUGUGUUUUUAUCAUUAAUCAUUUUCCCGAUCAUGGACGCGAUACAGAGACACAGAUCCAUGUACAAAGGCACAACUCCACCAUGGAAAGAGACAUACCGCAAGCGAUGUGUGGAGCGGUUAAAGAACAGCAGGUCCAGGUUACUGGAGAAGUUUCGUCAGAUUGGAGACAGUUCAGGUUCCUCCAGUUGCUCUCUGCUGGUUCAGGAGGUGAUGGAGGAGGAGUGGAGCGCCCUGCAGUCAUCCAAUCACAGUCUACCAUCACUGUGGAAUGGACACGGGGUCAGGGAGGUUUACUCUGCCCAGCAGGAGUUUGAUGAACUGUCAGCGUUUGAGGAGAUUCAGCAGGAACUCAUAGCACAAGAGCUCUCCAUCCUAGAGGAAUAUCAGAACAACGUUCAGUAUGAAGAACAUUAUUUAAACUCGGUGUUGGAGAGAAUGGAGCAAAAUGAACAGAUCAUAUGUCCGUUGUGUCACAUGAAUAAUCUGACAGUCAACAGUCAUUUUACGUCAUGUCCGUGUGGUCUUUACGUCAACACUAUCGGCAGGAACAUUACAUUAGAGAUAUUACAGAGUCUUUUAGAAAGACGAGUGACCGAGCACACGGACGAAUGUCUUCACAACCCCACCUUCUCAAUGGCCUUCAAUACAGACGGUUCAUCAAACCUCAUGCUCAGCUGUAAUGUGUGUGAUUAUCUUUCUGUUGUCUUGUGAGGAAUUCAUCCACAUGGAAGAGGAUGUUUUUACGUGUUUUGACUAUUUUAUUUCUGUGAAAUAAAGACUUUUUUAACAUCAA